AUGAUGUUCUUUAUAUUUUUAGUAGCUUUUCCUAUUAUUCUGUUUUUUCUUCUUCACAAAACCAAAAUAAGUAGAAAUACCAAUCUACCACCAGGUCCUUUAGGUUUGCCAAUCAUUGGAAAUUUGCAUCAAUAUGAUAGUGUAACUCCUCAUAUCUAUUUUUGGAAACUUUCUAAAAAAUAUGGAAAAAUAUUCUUAUUGAAAUUUGGUUCUACUCCAGUAGUUGUAAUUUCUUCAACAAAAUUAGCAAAAGAAGUAAUGAAGACACAAGAUUUAGCUUUUUGUAGUAGACCCUCUACUCUUUGCCAACAAAAAUUGUCUUACAAUAGUCAUGACAUAGUGUUUUCACCUUAUAAUGACUAUUGGAGAGAAAUUAGAAAACUUUGUUUACUUCAUUUAUUUAGUCUCAAGAAAGUACAAUCUUUUAGUCCGAUUCGUGAAGAUGAAGUCUCAAGAAUGAUCAAGAAAAUAUCUCAACAAGCUGCCGCUUCACAAAUUACCAAUUUGAGCAAUAUAGUGAUUUCACUUACAACUACAAUUAUUUGUAGAGUUGCUUUUGGUAUUAGGUUUGAUGAAGAAGCACAUGAAAAGAGGAGAUUUGAUGAACUUAUAAAUGAGUCUCAAGAUAUUCUGGCUAGCUUCUUUGUCUCUGAUUUUUUUUCUUCUUUAAGUUGGAUUGAUAAACUUACUGGAUUGAAAAACAAACUUGAGAAGAAUUUCAAGUGUUUGGAUGAAUUUUAUGAAGAACUCAUUGAGCAACAUCGCAAUCCCAAUAGGCCAAAAUCCAUGGAAGGAGAUAUGAUUGAUAUUUUGCUACAAUUGAGGAAGGAGCAAUCAACUCAAAUCAAUCUCACUUUGGACAACAUAAAAGCAAUUCUCAUGAAUUUAUUUCUUGCUGGGACAGACACUAGCGCAAUUACAGUAAUUUGGGCCAUGACUGCCUUGAUGAAGAACCCGGAAGCCAUGAAGAAAGUUCAAGAAGAAGUUAGAAAAUCAAUGGGGAAAAAAGGCAUUGUAAAUGAAGAUGAUACUCAAAAUAUGUCUUAUCUCAAAGCGGUAAUAAAAGAGACAUUUAGAUUGUAUCCACCAGCUCCAAUCCUAGUGGCAAGAGAGACAAUGCAAAAUUCAAUACUAGAAGGGUAUAAUAUUCCACCAAAAACAACAAUUCGUGUAAACUAUUGGGCUAUUGCAAGAGAUCUUGAGUAUUGGAAAAAUUCAGAAGAAUUUAUACCCGAGAGAUUCUUGAAUAGUAACAUUGAUUUCAAGGGUCAAGAUUUUGAAUUUAUCCCAUUUGGAGCAGGGCGGAGAGGUUGCCCAGGUCAAGCACUUGGUGUUGCAACAGUGGAUCUUUUACUAUCAAACCUUCUAUAUGCAUUUGAUUGGGAGUUGCCUUUUGGGAUGAACAUAGAAGAUAUUGACACAGAGAGUUUACGCGGAAUUACUAUGCAUAAGAAAAAUGAUCUUUGCCUUGUCCCUAAAAAUUAUAUGUAG